GUCAUUAGUGCGUUCCCGCCAGAGUCAGUGCAACGUUAUAAAUCUCAAAAAUCGCCUGAAGUAGGCGGUGCAUUUCCGGCAUCUGACGCAAAGCAAGCAAUGACGUAGUCAUGUCAAAACAAUCAACAGUGCGGCGGUGGCAGCGGCUCAGCAUAGCAUAGCAUAUUUGAUCGCCCGUGUGUUGCCCGCGAUUGACCAGAAUCAGCUGAAAUUGCACAAAGAACCGUCAAAAUGGUGCCUAGGAGUAGCAAGCCAUUUUCAGUGUACAACUCCUGGUGAUCUUUCUUUUCACUGGUCAAAAACGUAGCUGGCCACGCCCAAUGCAGAUCAAUAGAGGAAGGGAUAUCGGGAGUGUUAGUUUAAUACUUGUUGCUACUAGAGACCGAGGAAUCCUCUGCAUCGUCCACAAGUAUCAAAGGAAGGAAUAAGUGUAAGUGGAAAGGAAUUGAUCUGGAUCCAUCGAGGUUAGUGGUGCGAUCUUUUCUACACAAAUUCGCGCACGAUAUGGUUACUUCUCGGUCUCUGGGCAACCGGCCACCAGGAGACGAUAUAAAUAGAACCGCGCCAUGAACGCUGUAUCGGUAUACAGGAGAAUCGGAGUUUAUAGUUGUCUUCGGCAACCUACCAAUCGUUAACAGUCUGUAUCAUAGCAAACUUCGCGUUUUAUCCCGUGAACUUUUUAAAUUUACCUAGAAACGAAUGGAUUUUGUAAAACGCAACAACCGCACGCCGAACGCUAACAACGCAAACUACUGGUACCAGUGACAAAUAUCAUACCGCGUUGAUUUGUGGCAUGAUGGAAAAAUGGAUAAUGCGCUCAAAUAACCGAUAGAACAAGUAAGGAAAAAACUCAUUGCUUAGUCGGCUGCCGUACAGGGAAGUUGAUUUUCGUGUGUGCUCUACAGCUAACGCUCAUACAUAUACCGUUUUCUUUUAGUGCUCGCCUGCGCAGUAGUGGUAGUGGCGGCGUGGUUGUUUUUGGCGCGAAUGCUGAAAGGUGUCGCGCUGGUUCGACUUCAAAUUGCCCGUCCCGCAGCAGUGAAGGUCGACUCAACUGGGGUGGAACCCCAACAAAGGAAAGUAAAGGGCGCUGCCGCUCAGCGUUCAUUCAGUGCAGCGGCAACGCGACCGGUGCAAGCGAAUUACAUCUACAUACAAGAUAAGUGCUUUCAUUCUCUCUCUUAUUCCUUUAUAUACAUUCAUUCACACAUUCUGCAGUAUUUUAUAUUUACAUAUAUAUAAAUUCCGAUCCCUCAUUGUAUUUCUUUCUUUAUAUAAAGUGAUUACCCUUACAUUCAUAUUAAAACUGUGCAUUUGAUAACAUUUGAGAACAGACAGUUCACGACCGUAAAUGGCGGUAGGUGGACUGUCUAUCACCCCGGACCUUUCAUCUUCCUCUGAAGUGGAUGAGUCCGGGAUGGACUUUUCGGAAACACCCGAAAAUAACAAUGGUGAGUUCUCUGGCGUUGUGAAAAAGCGCAAAAGACCUCGCAAAACAGCUUUGGUUACUACAUCUACUGGUGCGCCAACGCGGGUUAAAAAGUACCAGGAGGGUCAACCCGGGCUCCGCUGGGUAGUAUUUUUCCGGCCAAAAAACAAACCCCUCAAGGUUGAGCAGAUCUGUAAAGCUCUGCGCACAAAAUACAGCAGCUUGAUUGAGGUUUAUAAGGUCAAAGCUGAUAAAUUAAAAGCGACUUUUUCUGAUCUCGGACAUGCAAAUGCGGUCGUCGAAGAUCAAAACUUUACAAUUGAAUACCGGGUAUAUAUUCCGGCACGCGCAAUCGAGAUCGAGGGCGUAAUAACAGAACCCGAUCUCACAGAGGAAGAAGUUAUGAAAGGAUUUGGGUAUUUUAAAAAUCCAAAUCUUCCGAAAAUCAAAAUUCUAGAGUGCAGGAGAAUGUACUCUAAGAACAACAUGGGCAACUACUCCCCGAAUGACUCUUUUAGAGUAACUUUCGAAGGAAAAGUGCUCCCCGAUUUCUUCGAGCUGUACAAGCUUCGAUUACCGGUACGACUUUUCAUCCCAAAAGUUAUGUCGUGUACAAAUUGUCUGCAGCUAGGGCACACAAAAACCUACUGCAGCAACAAAACUAAAUGCUGCAAGUGUGGGGAAACUAAAGAAAGUAACCACGCUUGUAGCGAACAGGAGGCAAAAUGCUCUCUAUGUGGUGGCGACCCACACAAAAUUGAAACUUGUGCAAAAUACAAACAACGCUCUGACGCACUAAAAAAUCGACCAAACUACGCAGUAAGCAGUCCUUCGCACAGAUGCUGAAGACUGCGUUACAGCAGGAGGAAACUCGUUACUCCAGUUUGGAGAACGUUGAUUCCAAUGAUGAUGAAGAGGACUAUCAACCUCUGCCGUCAACCGGAGCUGUGCGAAAACGGCCAAGUGCAUCUUCUCCUAAAAUCCCUAGAAAGGAGCAGAAGAAAACGCAUAAUGAUACCCCACGUGGUCCCGCCCUUGAGCAAAAUGCUAAAGC